ACCCAAUUUGAUCUUACAACAAACUUGUUCAACUCUUCAUUUGUCUGUUUGUGAUUUUGAAUCUGUGUAACAAAUUUUACAUCAGUGUUUCAUGAUCUAUGAUCAAAAUGAGAAACUCCCUGUGGCGAAUUCGUCACAAGCCUGUGCGUAAAAUCUCAGUAAUUCAUUCAGAUGGGAGUGUAGGGGCACUAGAGGAGCGCGGGAUUACUGCCUCUCAACUCAUGCAGAGGUACCCACAGAGAAUUGUAAGCCAUGCCAAUUCUUUCUACAUUGGGCAAAAAGUCCCUGUUUUAGCUUCAGGGGAGAAAUUGGAAGGUGGGCAGAGCUAUUUUCUUCUUCCAGAGAAAAUGCAGGGAAGCAUUUUGUCAGCUGCCUGGUUGGCCUCAUUAGCAGGAGGAAGCCCCAAAGCUGUCUCUCCCCUUCAUAGCAGAUGUUCUGUGAUGUCUGUGGAGACCUUUGAGAUAGAGAAGAGAGAAGAUGGACGCUUACAGCUCAAGAUCUUACCACAAUUUAUUCAGAAGCUUUUGGAAAAAGGAAAAAUGAAUACCCAAUCUAAAGAUGAUUGUUUUAGUCAUUCGGGCCUGUGUAGUACUCCUCAGUUGCAGAAGGAUUAUCAACAGAUGGUAAAAGUCAGAGGGCAGACUUGGAAGCCCAGGUUGGAGACCAUUGUAGAAAAACGAAAUGGGUUCAAGUUGUUUGGCUUGAAAAGGAAAUGUAGGACUAGACUUGACAAACAAUGAAGCUAUUGUUAUUUCAUCAUCAAUGUACAGAUUAUUUUACUGUGUUUUCUUAGUAAUGGAAUAGACAUAGAUUCUUGACUUCU